UUCAAAAUUUGAGCUUUUCAACUUUUGAUCAUUCAUAUUAGGCCAUUGAUUCAUUUGUAUUUUCUGUUACCCUUUGUUUGGUUGAAGAGGAAAUGCAGGAAAAGAGAUGGACGGCCUUAUCUAAACAAAAAAAUUAACAUUUCUUUUUCAGUUUCCUACCUUUUCUCAACAACCAAGCGGUUCAUUUGGGAAACCUAGUAAAAGAAAAGAAAGCUUGGGUUGUUUUAGGGGGAUGGGGUUGGCCCAAUAUUUGCAAUCUUCCUACAUUUUCUCGUUAUCCAAACGAAUUUCAAUGGACUCCUUAGUACUUAUACCAUGGCUGUUACUAGGAAAAAGCCACAGCUGAGUUCUAGAAAAGCUCAAUUUGGGUUAAACAUGGCUGGUGGAAGAGUGGUAAGCAGGUCAUCAAAUUCCUGCCCAGCUGUACAUUCAGAUGAUGGAAAGAGCAGGGAAGAAGGUGAAUUCAGCAAACAGGUGACCAAAGAAAGAAAAUAUUUCAAAAGGAUCAUAAAAGCUGAUGCAGGGAAGAACACUAAAGAAUCAGGCUCCCCUGUUGCUGAUGCUCCCCGAAAAUUGAGCAGGAAAAGAAAGAAGGGAGACGAUGAAUGUCAACCUACACCCCCUAAACUGCCUGAUAAUAUCUCCAUUCAUGGUUGUGCAGCUUCCCAUGAGGUGGAAGUCCAGUCAUUUCAAUUGGUGGCUACAUCUGAAAAUGGAGCAAUGGAAAAGGGUCCAGAAAAGAUGUCAACUACAGGCUCCCCAAAGGAUGGAGUGGAGGCUGAAAGAAUUGAUGCUUCACCUGAGGUUCCUGUUAAUUGGAGCAUUGCAAGCUCAGAUAAUGCCAAAGAUUUGGAGGAAGAUGAGCAGGAAGAGGUUCAAUCUAUAACAUCUGAUUCCUAUGUGCUGGUUAAACCGAUCAAAGAAGCGGGGGCUGUUCCUGUUAUGGGGUCUCUGAGCACCGCAAGCUCGGAUAAUUCCCACAAUUUGGAAGAAGAUGAGCAGAAAGAGGCGACAUCUGAUUCCUAUGUGCUGAUUGGAGAGGACACUUCUACCUCCUACGCCAGUACAACACCAAUCCCAGAAGUGGAGGCUGAAAGGAUUGAUACUUCUUCAUCCACUGCAAUCUCAGAUGAUGCCCACAAAUCGGAAGAAGACAAGCAUGAAGAGGCUCAAUCCACAACAUCUGAUUCCUAUCUGCUCUCUUCCAUUCUCAAGGUAGUCAGUCUUCCAUGGCGCUUAUUCUCUAGAGCACGUAUCGGUGCUGGAACUGCUAGGCGCACCUGACCAACUCUCAAUUCACCAAACUGUUCGCUCUUCUUGAUGAUUUAGAAUCUGCAAAAUUCAAGUCCAACCAGCGAAGCUAUGUAUUCAAUGAAAUCACAGAAGACCCAGAGCUCAGUAGAAGCCAUUAAAGUGACCAAGGUUAAGUGUGAUCAAGCUGUGGAUUCAGUCAGAAAAAGAGCUAGAAUCUCAGAAAAGAAGGUUGCCAAAGCUUGAGGUUGAAUCUGUUCAUACUGGGUAAAGCAGCUUUGUCUGGUAGGUUCAAGUCGGAAAGAACUGGAUUAAGAUUCAUUUGAAGAUGCAGUGCAACAGUUUGGAAGCCAUUAAUGGACAAGUUCUUGUCAUUCAUGUGUUCUGCAAAUUUUAUGAUUCUUGUCAACAUUAGCAUCGGUGAUUGUUCUUUUUCUUUCAUCUAUACUUCGUUGGUUUGGUUAAGAUUUCAUUUUAUUGGCCAAAUUUGUUAGAAUUUGUGCCAAGGGAUUAAGGAAUUAAAAUUCAUAUUUUUUAA